AUGUCAACGACAGUGAAAUCACACAAAGAUAAACCACAUACGGCAGCUCCACGUCUUGCGCCGAGGCCGACAGCCGCCUCGGCAGCUCGUGCUGCGAAGAAUGCCACCAACAGGAACUUAACAACACCAUCCACACGCCUGUCACCGGUUAGAUCUCCUCCGUCUCCAACUUCAUCUCGGGUUAGAACUGCUAUUCUGAAAAGUGGCAAGACUGACUCGAAGACUGAUAUUAAGGUACAGGAUAGGCACGAAAUAGUGUACGAAGUGGCGGAAAUAAAUGUCGACAAAGUAGAAAACGUUCCUGUUGUGGCGUUUGCAGAAAUCCACCAGAAUAACAUUGAAGAGAUGACAGUUGUGGAAGAGAACUACAAUAUAGAACAAGAAGAUGCUCAGCUGGUGGUCAUAAAUGAAACAAUAGACGAAACUCAACCACAAACACCAAUAAAUAGCCGUCCACAAACGCCCUUAGUAAGCCGUCCACAAACACCUAAAGCUCGCCCUGUUACCCCACGCAUGUCAAGCAGACCGUCAACUCCGUCCCAACAAAGAACGAACACCCCUUGCAGUCGACCCAAUACCCCCCAAAAGGCCACCUCUAGACCGAAAACUCCCUUAAAAACCAUUCGCCCUGUUACCCCAACGAAUGAACCAAGAUCAAAUCAAAUAUCAAAUGACAAUGAUAUUAAAAGCGUGUAUUCUGCCAAGCAAAAGCAGUUUCAUCGGCUGAAAAAGGAGCUCGAUCUAAAGCAGCAAGCGGUAUUAGAGGUGUUUGAGACUCUACGAAGUUUACACGAACGGUUGCUAAACGAGGGUCAUCUGGCUAGUGGGGAAGGUGCACCGGAACUCGUACUAUGUAAUGUUGCGGAUUGGACGGAAGAAGAAAUCCAUGAGCUGUGUAGACAGAGUACUACAACAGAUGGUGCUGUGGAAUUGUUUAACAGUAGCAUUCCUUUAGAUGAAAAUUUUCUCACCAAUGCUGAAUGUAAGGCAAUGAAUAUCCCUUCCUGUUUCGCCGAGCUAUGUCUUCAAGCCUUUGCCGCACGCCAAGAGUUAAUCGACUGGGUAAAAAGAUACAUAGAGAAAGAGGAGGAGCCAGACAGUGAUGCAAUAGAUCGAAUCGAUGCCUACAACAAAAGGGGUUUGGAAAUGUGUGAAGCUCUACGUGAUUUGAAAGCACGAGCUGACGACGCCGUGGAAACUAUAACGUUACUAUCAAAACGCGCUUGUUCAGAAAGAGCCACCUUAAUAUCUGUUGGAGAGUCUUUGAUACGAGAAGUAGCACGUUUGCGACAAGACAUAGAAACGAGGGCGACAGUUGUAACCGAAGUCCGCGAAACUCCUGCUGAUGAAGAAACCAAAAAAGUGUUGGCGGAAACACGACGAGAGUUAGAAGAUGAACAAGCAGCGAAAACGGCCAUGAAGGACAAACUCGCGGCCAGCGAGGCUCAAGUGAGACAGCAGCGGAUGCGCAUAUCUAAGAUGGAUAGACAGCUUCGUGAAGCCGAGGCUAGCAUCACUACUCUCACCAGUACGGUGAAAAGUUUGGAGGACCAGGGUCGUCAGCGUGAAGUGCAACUAGAAGCGAGAGCACGGAAAUGGAGGGACUCCGUUAAGACUGGAGAAGUUACAAAUACACAUUUGGUGCAGCAACGUGAUGCCUUGGAAGCUGAAGUUGCCGAUUUAAAAGACCAAAUAAAGAGUAUGACUGCGCAGCAUAAAUCAUCUGUUCAAGAACUUAACAACCAACUAAAAGAACUUAAUCUAGCUUUGGAAGCAGAACGCGAAACGACACAACGAGAAGUAGGCUUUAAGAAUGCACUUCAAGAAGAACUCAAUGAGAGUCGUAAUACUAUUGAAGAGCUCCACGCCAAAAUUGAUGAAUAUGAAAGGAAUAAGCCAAACCCUGAUCUUCCAACGGAGAGGGAAAUGGAUCUGUGGGCUGAGCUUCAAGCUACGAAAGAUACUUUGCGCAUGACUGAAGAUGAAGUGAUUGCAUGUAAACGGGAAAAAGUUCGCUUCCUGGAGACUAUGACCAAAAUAGCAGACACAGAAAACGAAAUGGCCUUGCAGCAAAAGUUGGCAGCCGAAUUGUUGAGUAAAGAGGAAAUUAUUGGUAAAAUGCAAACACAGCUCCGUGAUCUAACGAAGAAUAUCAAGCUCCAUGAGCAGAAAGUUGUGCAAUACGAAAAAUACGUCCACGACUUACAAGCUCACAAUCGCGCUUUAAUAAAUAGCCAAGAUACAUCGGGUGGAAUUUGUUAUCCGGAGCUUCAACAGGAGGUUAUGACCCUAAAAAUGAGUCUUCUGGACGCUGUGCAUCGCAACGAAGAGCUUUCCGAAAUGUUAGCGCAAAAGGAACAACAACUUGAACAGCAAGACAAAACAGCACGUACACAGGCAAGAUUCCUCAAGAUUCGUGAAGAAUUGAUUAACGUGCUCAAGAACAAAGAAAUGGAGCAAACUCGCGAGCUGUCUGCAUUGCAACAAGAUUUAGAUCACCGAAUGAAAAUUGUAGAUGGAGUAAACAAGCAAAUCGCAGCCAAAGCCGACGAGAUUCAAGAAUUGUUUGCAACAUUAGAAACGAAACAGCAACAGAUUCAUCGGCUGGAAAAGAUUGUCCUCGCUUUGGAGGAUCAGCAGCGGCGGGCGCAGGUGCAGAGAACGCGCCACGAAACGAAAAUUGCUGCUCUAGAACACGAACUCGCUGCUGGCGGUAAUCGGAAAGACAGGAAAUUCAUCUUCUUUUGA